CCGGCCGCCGACGCGCCGCGCUGGUGCCAAGCUCACGCUGCGGCCGCCGCCGACGUCUCCUCUCCCGGCUAGGCCCCGGCUGCGAGGGGCAGCCGGGGCCGCGGGAAGAUGCGGCGGCUGGUGCGGGUGGCGUUGCUGUGCCUGGGCUGCGGCUUGUGCUCGCUGCUCUACGCCUUCAGCCAACUGGCUCUGUCGCUCGAGCAGGAGGCGCCCCGGCGCCAGGGGGACCCCGCCUUUCCCGUCAGGAGGCAGCUGAGCGGCGGCGACGUCGUGGCCGGCGGCUGGAGGGCUGUGGCGGGAAGCGCAGGCCGCGGCGAACGAACGCAGCUGCAGCCGAUGCAGGAAAGGUGUAAGCAUGUAUCUUUAUCUUACUGGAAUUCCUAUUGGAUGCUGCCAUCUGAUGUUUGUGGAAAGAACUGCUUUUGGGAAGCUGCUCCUAGAUACGAUUUUCUGAAAACAAAGCCUUCUGAGAAGAUGCACUUGGCAGUGGUAGCCUGUGGUGAAAGGCUGGAGGAGACUGUUACAAUGUUGAGAUCAGCCAUUAUUUUCAGCAUUAAACCUCUACAAUUUCAUAUUUUUGCAGAAGACACAUUGCAUAGUGACUUCAAAGGAAAGCUCAAUAGUUUGGCGUAUCAAGAAAAAUUUAAUUACACAUUAUAUCCCAUCUCAUUUCCAACUGAGAAUGCAGGAGAAUGGAAGAAACUGUUCAAGCCCUGUGCUUCUCAAAGGCUUUUCUUGCCAUUAAUUCUCAGUGAUGUGGAUUCCCUACUGUAUGUUGACACAGACAUCCUGUUCUUAAGACCUGUUGAUGAUAUCUGGGCUAUCCUGAAAAAAUUUAAUUCUACCCAAAUUGCUGCAAUGGCGCCAGAACAUGAAGAGCCUCGUAUUGGGUGGUAUAAUCGCUUUGCAAGGCACCCAUAUUAUGGAAAAACUGGAAUAAAUUCUGGUGUAAUGUUAAUGAAUAUGACCCGCAUAAGAAGAAAGUAUUUCAAGAAUGAUAUGACAACUGUACGAUUACGAUGGGAAGAAAUUCUCAUGCCAUUGCUGAAAAAAUAUAAGUUGAAUAUCACAUGGGGUGAUCAGGAUCUUCUGAACAUUAUGUUUUUUCAUAAUCCAGAAAGUCUUUUUGUUUUCCCUUGCCAAUGGAACUAUCGCCCAGAUCACUGUAUUUAUGGAAGCAAUUGCCAGGAGGCUGAAAAGGAAGGCAUAUUCGUCCUUCAUGGAAACAGAGGUGUUUACCAUGAUGAUAAACAACCAGCAUUUCGAGCUUUGUAUGACGCAAUUAAAAACUAUUCAUUUGGUGAUGACCUGGUAAAGGCCUUGCUGCUACCCCUUGAACUGGAACUACAAAAGACACAGCAUACUUACUGUGGAAGAAUAUACAAAGUGUUUAUAAAGCAGCUAUCAAAAAGCAUAAAAGAUAUUUAUGAUAGACGAUCUAAGGGAAGGUGAUCAUUACAGGCUUCCCAAACUUCUGAAUUAAAUAAGACAGAUGUGGGAGAAUAUAUGCCUGUAGGAUAUUCAUAAAAGAAAUGCCAUAUUUUUGGAAUCAGUUCUUCUAUUCCCAAAUGAAUCUCCCAGUGUGGACAAAAUGAAGAAGCUGUUCAUCUUGAAGAAUUCUUUGCCAGCAUAUUGCAGAGAAUGUUUGAAGUUCAGUUAGUGUACAUUUUCACUACAGUGAAUAAGUCUUCCAGGAUUUUGUAUUCAGGUUUAUUUUACAUAAUUCACUUGCUUGUCAUUCUCAAAUGAGUCAGAUAAAAAUGAAGGUCUUUAUACUUCAGGAAUGAUGGUAUACUUUGUCAUACCUAGUCUCAAAUUCUGCUAAACUGUGAAUGUAGCACUAAUGGAGUCAGCACUAACCUCACUUUAAGAGUGUGAGAAUAUGUUGUUUACAAAGCUCAGAAGUAAUUUUAUUUUCAAAGGAAUGUGAUGUGACUGAUGGCAGUCUAUGUGUGCCUUUGUUUUCAUCUCCUUCAGUUUUAAGAUAUUUUGACAAUCACAUACAUAUAUGUAUAUGUGUGUACGUAUAUAUAGAUAUAUAUAUACUGUAAACUGCACAUGAUAUCCAUAGGACUUCCAGUCCAAACAAUAACACCUAGUAGAAAUAAACCUAAUUUUCCUCGGUUUCCUCAUAAAUUGCUAUAAACAGAAAGCUGGGAACUAAAGAGGACCCUAGGCAUAGUAAGGAACUUGACUUAGGGCAUGGGUUUUCUCACUUUCUCUGGUCCAGGCCUUUGAACAACAGGACCUCUUGAGUUUGGAAAUCCCAGCUGUACCAGAAGCAGUCUGCCAUAUGCCAUGGAUGGGGGCUUUGGCUUAUGAAGAACCAAUCCCAAAAACUCUUAGGUGCAUAGAACUAGUGGUGGGUUUCUUUGAGUCCUGGCCAGUAUUAUAGCAUAGUUAAAUGAUAUGGCUGGAUUUUUUUUAACUAAGGUGGAAUGUGAUAUAUACAUACUAUCAAUGUUGUUUUCGCUAAAUUUGAAUAAGGUUUUUAUAUGAUUUCACCAGGCAUUCUGAAAGGAAAAACCAUGUUGUGAAAUAUAAUGUAGUUUAUUAUGAAGUAUUAUACUAGUAUCUGAAUCCUAAUAGCUAAAGUCUACUUCGUUCUUAUUCACCAAAAUCCACCUAAUCUUAAAGUAAUUCUGCGUGGAUCAUUUUUUUGCAGGUGUUGUUUAGCAAAUACUUAAUGUGUAUUUGGCAAAAAAGCGCCUUAAACCAUUUGGAUAGAAUAUUGUUUCAAACCUCUGAUUUCCAUGGGACCAUUGUGUUUGUUCCAUUAUAUGGCACACUGAGUAUAAUGCUUGCUCUAAUAAUAGUAAUUCCUGCAGUAUAUUUUAUUGCAUAAAAUACUAUCUCUAUUAUAAUACUUGAGUCGAUACUUGAGUUCUAAUUAUACAUGUAGUGGGAUGAAACUGGUAAUACUCAAGUGUUUCUGCAGUUUGUCCAACUGGAUCCUGCUUUCUUAGUAUUUUCCAUGGGUUGACAUAUCAGUACCUCAGCAGCAGUCAUUCACAGUUGUUGUAGAUUAUGAACUAAAGAAAUGCAGUGCACCGUUUAUUAUCUUUGCUGUUAGUGUUGUGAGCCAAGGUUCCUCCUUUGAACAAUCACCAAUCGUAGGCUGUUUUCCUUGCCAAAAAGUUCUUUAUUGCUUCCAAAUACAAAUCACCCUGAAUGGAUCUCUGAGCAUGCAUGGAGCAGUUUGUUGAACUCAGUCCAGAACUCAGAUUAUCUCCAGGAACUCUCCUUAUGAACAUGUCUGGGGCCCAGCCUUUCAUGAGGGGCUCAUUGAAGGCAAGCACAUCUCCUCUUCACACACUGCUCAUUCAAUUGGGCCUUGUCUCUGUUGACACCUUGCCAUGGGGUCAAAUGCUGGGGUGUGUGGGGGGAUCUGCCCUGUGUCUGAGAAUUCCCAGCAGCCCUUCCCAUUUGCCAUGCAGCUUGGCCAUUCCCAAGAACUGCUCGGCAUGGAGAAGCAUCUGGCCUUGAAAUAAUCACUUCCUCCUGUUGCAUCUUGAGCUAACUUCUGUUCCUCAGUCUCACUGAAGCACUCUUCAGUUUCCAUUUCUGAAGCAGUGUCUGGAAUGCGGUCAGUGAUCUGUGGGAAAGCUCGUCCAAGCCUGCCAUCCCUCUUGCUUCCAACAUUAGUCCAUAACACAGGCAACAUUUGGAAAGGGACCUAUCUGUAAGCAGCAAGAUGUGCCACCACUGCAAAAUGUGGCAGUGUAUCCUGUUUAUCCUCUUCAGGGUUCCAACCAGCCAUUCUCUCUGAGCAAGGCAUUCCAUUCAUCCAUCAUAGUUUUCAUUCCAAGGGGCAUUCAGCAUUUUAUGACUUGGUCUUUGGAUAGUUGUCUCCCUUCAGAUUUUAUAUAAUACUUGCACAAACCUUGGGCUUUCCCUGAUCAUGCUGAUACCUUUCUCUUUUUUCUUGGUGACCUUGUUUUGGCUCUAAACUUGUCUGCUGUCACCACCUGAGUUUUCUAUUAGAUGGAUGAUAAUCAACUGGUGAGUGAUAAAUGUAUGUUCAUAUUUAACUUGACAAAAGCUUGUGUGAUCCAACCUUAAAUAUUGUAUAAUCAUCAACUGGACACAAAGCUUGCUUUGCAACUUUAUCAAUAUCUCAAUAGUCAGUUAUCAGUUCCAUCAACCAAUUUUUGGAAUGUUGUUAGUGUACUAGUACACGGAAAGUAAACUAUAUUCUUUGGAAGCUUGCUUACUGAAAGGUGUUACUUUAUCUGCUCUAUGAUUUGCUCCUGAAAAUAUAGAUUGCAGGGUCCAGUUAAGUACAAUGAUCUUUAAUGUGUGUUUUGCAGCUUGCCAGAAGAAAAGCUCAUUUUAACAUCAGAAAGUGGAUAUAGAUGAGAUUAAAAUUUUUAAGAAGUCAUACUGUUAUUUUAGAUAAAUAUAAUGUAUAUAUUUGUGUUAGAAAAUAAGCAGAAUUGAACACCUGCUGACAUCCAUGUAAAGUUAUAACUAUUUUUACAUAAACUGUUUUGUAUUUCUCUG